AGUAGAAACCAGCUCAGGUUGUGUGUGUGUGUGGAGGAAGUAUCUGUGUGUGUUCUUGUGGAUCACUUAAAGAGUUUUUAGAUCAAAGUGUUUAAAACGGAAACAGCUCCGUCUUUUUACCGAGAAAUCUUCCGCUCUCACCGGGAAUAACCGGGAUAAGGAUCGGUGCUGACGGCUGAAACUACACCGAGCGAACUGACCGAAACUCGACCGGGACACCUGCUUGUUCCGGGGAACACCUGUCCGCCUGUACCGGGGGGAAUGCGGUCUGAAGUCUUACCUGGUUCGGACAGAAACACCUGGUUUGGUUUAUAAAGGACUGUUAAUGGGAGCAACAACAGCACGAUCGUUGUAGUUUGAUCGUUCGGGGAGGGGACACGAUGUCUGUGAACGAGCUGUACACAAAGUACACGCGGGUGUGGAUCCCGGAUGCUGACGAUGUGUGGAAAGCUGCAGAGAUCGUCAAAGACUACAAAGAUGGAGAUCCUGUUCUUCACCUCAAACUGGAGGAUGAGACGCCUCUGGAGUACGCGGUGGGUCCUAAGUCGAACCCGCUCCCGUUCCUUCGUAAUCCAGACAUCCUGGUGGGAGAGAAUGACCUGACAGCGCUUAGUUACCUGCACGAGCCCGCUGUCCUGCACAACCUCAGGGUUCGAUUCAUUGAGUCCAACCACAUUUACACGUACUGCGGCAUUGUGCUGGUGGCCAUCAACCCAUACGAGCAGCUGCAUAUUUAUGGCGAGGAGGUGAUCGAGGCGUACAGCGGGCAGAACAUGGGCGACAUGGACCCUCACAUCUUCGCUGUGGCUGAGGAGGCGUACAAACAGAUGGCCAGAGACGAGAGGAAUCAGUCCAUCAUUGUCAGCGGAGAAUCCGGAGCGGGAAAGACGGUUUCUGCAAAGUACGCCAUGAGGUUCUUCGCCACGGUGGGAGGCUCAGCGAAUGACGCCAAUGUGGAGGAGAAGGUGCUCGCCUCCAGCCCCAUCAUGGAGGCGAUAGGAAACGCUAAAACCACAAGAAACGACAACAGCAGUCGUUUUGGAAAAUACAUCCAGAUUGUAUUCAGCCGACAAUACCACAUCAUCGGCGCCAACAUGAGAACCUACCUGCUGGAGAAGUCUCGAGUCGUGUUUCAGGCGGUGGACGAGAGGAACUAUCACAUCUUCUACCAGCUGUGUGCUUCAGCCAGUUUACCUGAGUUCAAAGACCUUGGCCUCACCAGUGCCGAAGAUUUCAACUUCACAUCUCUGGGCGAGAACAUCUUCAUUGAGGGAGUGAACGAUGCAGAAGACUUCAAAAAGACCAGAGAGGCCUUCACUCUGCUGGGUGUGAAGGAGAGCAGUCAGAUCAACAUCUUUAAGGUGGUCGCCUCCAUCCUUCAUCUUGGAAAUGUUGAGAUCUGCUCCGAGCGAGAUGGAGAGUCCUGCCGCAUCUCAAGGGACGACCCCCACCUGCAGCACUUCUGCAGGCUGUUGGGGGUGGAGCAGAAGCAGAUGGAGCACUGGCUCUGUCACAGGAAGUUGGCGACCAGCGCUGAGACGUACGUGAAGAAGAUGUCGAGCAAACAGGCGUCAAACGCCUGCAACGCGCUCGCCAAACACAUCUACGCCCGAAUGUUCGACUGGAUCGUGGAACACAUCAACAUGUCACUGCAGACCUCGUCCAAGCAGCACUCGUUUAUCGGCGUCCUCGACAUCUAUGGGUUUGAGACGUUUGAGGUGAACAGUUUUGAGCAGUUCUGCAUUAACUAUGCUAACGAGAAGCUCCAGCAGCAGUUUAACUCUCACGUGUUUAAGCUUGAGCAGGAGGAGUACAUGAAGGAGCAGAUCCCCUGGACUCUCAUAGACUUUUAUGAUAAUCAGCCCUGCAUCGACCUGAUUGAGGCUCGACUCGGCAUCCUGGACCUGCUCGAUGAAGAGUGUAAAGUGCCGAAGGGGACAGAACAGAACUGGGCCCAGAAGCUCUACAAGCAGCACUCCAGCAGCGCUCACUUCCAGAAACCUCGAAUGUCCAACAUCUCCUUCAUCAUCAUUCACUUCGCUGACAAGGUGGAGUAUCAGUGUGAAGGUUUCCUGGAGAAAAACAGAGACACGGUGUACGAUGAACAGAUCAACAUCCUGAAGGCCAGUCAGUUCCAGCUGGUAGCUGAUCUGUUCCACGAGAAGGAUGAUGCCCCCCCGAAGUCGUCCAGAGUGAACGUCCGAGCAGCAAAGAGCGUCCCCAAGGCGCCCAACAGAGAGCACAGGAAGACGGUGGGACACCAGUUCCGCAGCUCCCUGCACCUCCUCAUGGAGACUCUGAACGCCACCACGCCUCACUACGUCCGCUGCAUCAAACCCAACGACGAAAAAGAGGCCUUCUCGUUCGACUCGAGGCGAGCCGUGCAGCAACUUCGAGCCUGUGGCGUCCUGGAGACCAUCCGGAUCAGUGCAGCCGGGUACCCGUCCAGGUGGACGUACCCAGACUUCUUCAGCAGGUAUCGAGUUCUGCUGAAGAAAUCCGACAUGAUGUCAUCAGACAAGAAGCAGGUGUGUCGAAACCUGCUGGAGACUCUGAUCAAGGAGCCCGACAUGUUCCAGUUUGGAAAGACCAAGAUCUUCUUCCGGGCGGGGCAGGUGGCGUACCUGGAGAAGCUCCGGACCGAUAAGUUCCGCGCGGCUUGCAUCAAGAUCCAGAAGACGGUCCGAGGAUGGCUGCAGAGGGUUCGAUACCGCAAGAUCAGAAAGACCGCCAUCACCAUACAGAGAUACGGCCGAGGAUACCUGGCCCGCAGGUACGCAGAGUUCCUGCGUCUCAGUCGAGCGGCGCUCAUCUGUCAGAAACAGUACCGCAUGGUGAGAGACAGACGGGCGUUCCUGAGGGUGAGACAGGCCGUGGUGACCAUCCAGGCCUACAGCCGAGGGAUGUACACACGCAGGAUAUUUAAGGAGUUCCUCCUACACCACAAAGCGAUGAUCAUCCAGCGCAGCGUUCGCGGCUGGUUGGCGAGGAAAAAGUUCCAGCGAGCGCGUAACGCCGCCGUCAUCAUUCAGUGUGCAUUCAGACGAACGCGGGCGAAGAAGCAGCUGCAGCAGCUAAAGAUCGAGGCCCGCUCCGCCCAACAUCUGAAGAACCUCAACUCAGGGAUGGAGAACAAGAUCGUACAGCUGCAGAGGAAGAUGGACGAUCAGUCCAAAGGGUACCGCAAUCAGAACGAGCAGCUAGUGCAACAGAACUCCGGCCUGGGCCUGGAGGUGAACAAGCUGCAGAAACAGCUGGAGCUGAUGAAGAGUCAGCAGGUAGAUGGAGGCCAGCUGCUGUCUCUGCAAGAGGAGCUGGAGAGGCUGAGGGAGGAGCUGAAGGACACCAACGCUGAGCGGAAGAGGAUGGAGGAGGAGCACGGCUCGGAGAAACUCACGCUCCAACAGAGGGUGAAGGAGCUGGAGACAGAAAACGGUCUCCUGAAGAGCGAGAAGGAGGAGCUUAACCAGAGGAUACUGCAGCACUCGCAGAGCUCUGAAAUGGACGGCAGCAAUGCGUCUCAGAGGGAGGCGUCUCUGCAGACCGAGCUGGAUGCGGAGCGUCAGCGUUACCAGAACCUCCUCAAAGAGUUCUCCAGGCUGGAGCAGAGAUACGACAACCUGAAGGAGGAGGAGUCUCUGAGCAAGUUCCAGCCUGGCCACAGGAGGAACCCGUCCAAUCAGAGCAGCCUGGAGUCGGACUCCAACUACCCGUCCAUCUCCACCUCGGAGGUGGGAGACACCGAGGACGCCAUCCAGCUGGUGGAGGAGAUGGGCGUGGAGAAGGCAGCGAUGGACAUCAGUCUGUUCAUGAAGCUGCAGAAGAGAGUAAGAGAGCUGGAGACGGAGAGGAAGAGGCUGCAGCUCAGCGUGGACAAGAUGGAGGAGCUCAACAAGCGCAAGAGCUCCGAGUCGAGGAGUCCCACCUCUGAGCAGGAGAAAGCAGACAACGCUUACAACAACCUGAAGAGACAGGAGCUGGAAACAGAGAACAAGAAGCUGAAGAACGACCUGAACGCACUGAGUAAGGCCGUCGCUGAGCGUGCGUCUCAAAACAACUCGUCCAAUGAGCUGCAGGACAGCUACAACCUGCUGCUCAGUCAGCUCAAAUCAGCCAAUGAGGAGCUGGACGCACGCAAGGAGGAGGUGCUUAUUCUGAGGACGCAGAUCGUCAGCACGGCGCAGCUGUUGGAGAAGAACGACCUUAUAAAGGACAGUGAUAAUGUUCCCGAGGUGAACAACAGUAAGGAGCCUGUGGACAAAGAGGAGGCGGUCAAAGCGUAUCAAGGCCUGUGUGAAUCCAAAAAGCUGCUGGAGGCUCAGCUGCAGUCUCAGGCUCGGAAGCACAAAGACGAGCUCGAGGCUCUUCACACUCAGAACGAGCUGCUGAAAGACGACAUCGAGAAGAAGCAGGAGAUCAUCAACUCCUACUCCUCGCUGUCCCCAGAGGCCCAGGUGGAGUACAGCAUUCAGCAGGAGAUCACCAGACUCACCAACGACAACCUGGACCUGAAGGAGCUGGUGGAGAAACUGGAGAAGAACGAGAGGAAGCUGAAGAAACAGCUGAGGAUCUACAUGAAGAAAGUCCAGGAGUUAGAAGCAGCCCAGGCUGCGGCUCAGUCCAGCCGGUCGAGGCCGGAGCUGAGUCGUCAGGUGACGGUCCAGAGAAAGGAGAAGGACUUUGAGGGGAUGUUGGAGUACUACAAAGAGGACGAGGCCCUGCUGCUCAAAACGCUGAUCUCAGACAUCAGGCCCAACACGGUGUCGGCCACAGUUCCCUGUCUUCCUGCUUAUAUCCUCUUUAUGUGUAUCCGUCAUGCCGACUACAUCAACGACGACCAGAAGGUGGAGUCCCUGCUCACCUCCACCAUCAACGCCAUCAAGAAGGUCCUGAAGAAAAACAACGAUGACUUUGAGAUGACGUCCUUCUGGCUGGCAAACACCAGCCGCCUGCUGCACUGUCUGAAGCAGUACAGUGGAGACGAGGCGUUCAUGACUCAGAACACAAGCAAACAGAACGAACACUGUCUGAAGAACUUUGACCUGGCAGAGUACCGACAGGUGCUCAGUGACCUCUCCAUCCAGAUCUACCAGCAGCUCAUCAAGGUGGCCGAGGGCAUCAUCCAGCCCAUGACUGUGUCGGCCAUGUUGGAGAGCGAGAGCAUCCCAAGCCUGGCGGGGGUCAAACCGAUGGGCUACAGAAACCGUUCGUCUAGCAUGGACAUGGAUGCAGGCGGCCCCACUAGCUACACUCUGGAGACUCUCAUCCGACAGCUGGGUCAGUUCCACAGCAUCAUGAGGGACCACGGCCUGGACCCCGAGAUCGUGGGUCAGGUGGUCCGACAGCUCUUCCACUGCAUCAACGCCGUCACGCUCAACAACCUGCUGCUACGCAAAGACGUGUGCUCGUGGAGCGCUGGCAUGCAACUCAGGUACAACACCAGUCAGAUGGAGGAGUGGCUCAGAGCAAACAACCUUUAUCAAAGUAAAGCUGCGGCCACUCUGGAGCCGAUCAUCCAGGCCGCCCAGCUUCUGCAGGUUAAAAAGAAGACGACUCAGGACGCCGAGGCCAUCUGCUCGCUCUGCACCUCCCUCACCACUCAGCAGAUUGUAAAGAUCUUAAACCUGUACACGCCUCUCAACGAGUUUGAGGAGAGAGUCACCGUGUCCUUCAUCAGGAACAUCCAGAACAACCUACAGGAGAGGAACGACCCUCCUCAGCUCCUGCUGGACACCAAGCAGCAGUUUCCCGUGCUCUUCCCAUACACGCCGUCCGCCCUGAGCCUGGAGACGCUGCACAUCCCCGCCACGCUCAGACUCGACUUUCUUACCAGAGUGUGAUGAACCUGCUCCUCACACACCUGAACCUGCUCCUCAGCAUACCUGAACCUGCUCCCCAACUCACCUGAACCUGCUCCUCAGCACACCUGAACCUGCUCCUCAGGUGUGUGAGGUUUCCUGCAGGAUGAAGAAGUUUCAGAUCCACAAAUAGAAAUAAAUCAGAUUUUAAAACUUGUACGAUGAUGACGAAGGCGUUUACUUUCCACACGUUCAGUCGUUGGUGGAAAAAGAGCGUUUAGUUGCAGUACCGCAAGCGACCACCAGGACAAAUGUAAAACUGACAGCAAUAAUGUGUCCAUGCUGUACAAAACCUUCAGUCAGUUAUCCCAGAAUGCAUUGCUCUUUGGUUCAUAGAUGCAGACAUGACAGCCUGUGUAUGAAGUGGAGGUGAUCAGAGGUCAGUCAGCUGUUAGCUCCUCUUGAAGUCGACGUUUUGUGCAAUGCCGGAAAUUAAUCAGAAAACGAGCUGAACAGAUUUUUAUCUUCCAAUCAUGUUGUUAUGGAAACACAAUCAGAAGUAAUCACUACGUUCUGCUGCUCCUCUUUGGUCUCUUUGCCUUUUUCAGUUCAGUUACAGGAAGUAACUCUUCUUCACUGAUUUAUAUCGUUUUAUUAUUCUGAUCCUCUCUCUUUUAUAUUUCUGUGUUGACUCUUUCCUGUUUCUUAUUUUGAGUCUUUUAUGUUUGAUUUAAAUAAUAAUAUAAAAACACAAGUGUGUUCUGCUGCCCCCUGAGGUAGGAGAGAAUACUGCAGUCUGCUACCAUGAAUAAACCUGAUUAUACACAUAAUGAGAGAAAAUAAAUCAUGAAAUCAUUUGCACUCGUAGAAAACAUAAAUAAUGGCCGUGCUUUCUCUAGCGUUCAAACAUCUUUCACCACAAUGUUUUAUUUCUGUGAGAAAAAAAAGGUUCAUGAUACAAAUCAAUAAUGAAUAUAUUUUAUAGGAUCAAAUCUCUCCUUGUGUCAUUGGACGCUCUCGUCAAUCUGAGUUUGAAUCUCUGGAUGAGACAAAGUGACUUCCUGUGUGUCAGAAUAUAGAUUUUGAGAAUGAAGAAACUUUGAUGAUUUCAUGUACUAAUAACCAGCAGACAUCUUUACGUCUGUUAUUCACAAUAAAACACUUUUCCAGAAAAAAAAACA